UUGAACCUGGGCCCCCUGCAGUGGGAGCACAGAGUCUUAACCACUGUGCCGCCAGGGAAGUCCCCCAAGUCUUGGUCUUGAUGGAGCCAGAGACAGUGUGGGUGAACUGGGGGUGUCAGGAUCCAAAUCUAAAUGAAAUAACAGGCCUCUGAAUGAGCCCUUCUGGGCAUUUUCAAUGCAUGGCAUAUGUGGGCUAGAGUCAACCACCAUGUGCCAAGCCCCUUAAGUGAAUUACAGAACAACCACAGCAGGUAGAUCCUAUUAAGCACCAUUUUAUGGUGCAACAGAGGCACAGAGAGGUUAAGUUACUUACUCAAGAUCACAAAGCUCAGAAGCAGCAGAGCCAAGAUUUGAAGCCAGGCGGUGUGACUCCAGAGUCCGCAAUUGACCCUCCACCCUUUACUGAGGCUUCUUAGCUUUUUAAAAAAUUCUACAAACAUUUACUUAGCUCCUUUCCCAUGCCAGGCUUGGGAGCAAGAGGGCAGAAUAAGGCAUCUUCUGCCAUUGCAGAACUGGAAUCCAAGGCAGACUGGGAAGAGGAUGGGGGUAGGGGGGAGAUGGAGGGGUACAAUGUUGGAGGUGGGUCAGGGAAGGGUGGCCUGGGGAUGGGGGCUUGGUCUGGUAGAGAAGCUCUGGCCUGAAGUUCUAGAGUCCUGGGUCUUCACCUCAUCUCUGCCACUGACUUGCUGUGUGACGCUGGGCAAGAUCCUACCCUUCCCUGGGCCUAGGUCCUACCAUCAAAGCAUGAGGAGUUUGGAGUGACUCCCAGAGGACACAGGGCUGGCCAACCAAGCCUCAGGGUCUGCCCUCACCCCCAGGCAUGUCCUCCUUUCAUCUGAAUUUGAGCUUCUUUUAAAGACAAGUUUUGGACCUAGGGUUCUUUGGGCUCUGUCUGUGACUCCGAGCUGGUAGCUCUGGAGGGCUUUCUGGAGGAGGAGGCUUUUGGCCUGGGCUAGGACUUUGAAAGUGAUGGAACCUCCUAAGUCCUCCACACCCCUCUGGCACCACCUGACCUGGACCUUCUUCCAGGUCUCUAGCCCUAGAAGGCUGCAUCUUUUCAACCUCCUCGGCCUCCUGUCCACCCCCACUCUAAAAGCUGUAAGAUGUAGGAGUUCCCCUUCCCUCUACAGGAAGGGAGCAGGGGAGCUGCCUCGGCCCUUUGGUGGUGGGGGACUGAUCUGGGGUGACCCAGCAGAGGACCUUCUAGAGUCACAGACAAUGAUUCAAAUUCCAACCAUACCACUUCCAAGCUGGGUGACCUUGGGCCAGUUGCUUGACCUCUCUGAACCUCCUGUCCUCCUUGGUACCUACCUUGCGUUUGCGAUUGUUGUGGGGAUGAGCAUGUGUUUGGCACACACUAGGUGCUCAAUGGAUGGGGCUGCUAUAAUUAUUCUUCACGGGGCGGGGGCGGGGCCCAGGGCCCGCAGCCAGGCCUAUAUUUAGCCUAGAAAGUGUGGGGGGCCAGUGGAGACAAAGCGUGGCGGCCAGCCCAGGCGCCAGGGGGCGGAGCCAGCGAAAGAAAGCCUGCAGUCCCCACGUCCCCGCCCUCCUCUUCCGCAGGGUCACCUUGGCAGGAGGGCACCUUCACUCUAGACGUGCCCCGUCCCCAGCGGCCGCUCUGUCCGCGGAGCAGCCCUCACCUCUAAAACCGGGAUCUGGGGAGGGGGCUGCUGGGGCCUGCGGGGUGGGGAGUAUUCGGUCCCACUAGGGAAAUGCCCCCUUUCCCAGCCCAGCUUCCUGCCAGCCCGGCCCAGGGAGGGACGCCGCUGGGGUCGGGACGCCAAGGUGAGCCUGACCCCAAGUGGGGGUCGAGGGAAGGGGAAAGUUGGUCUGGCUCCUCCCCCCAACUCCUCGCCGAUGAGUGUCGGGCUGCAAAUAGCCCAGUGGAAUCAGUGAGUCACAGAGGCUGGAAAUACCGCGCCCCCCCUUCCCUCCCCUCCUCCCGUCUGCACCGAGCUGCGCUGAGGAGCGCCUGGAUCUCCGAUUUCAGUAGCGCCUGGGGGUGUGUGUGAGUCCCUCCAAAGGGUACUCAGACUCCCUGAACCAGUCAGCUUCCCAGCCAGGUUUCAGCCGGGCUAUGCCCCUGGGGCUGUGUGACCCUAGGCUAGCCACUCGGCCUCUCUGGUCCUUAGAACCCAUCUGGUACGAGAUAGGCUUCAAGAGCAACCCAGUGCAGCUGGCCCAACUUUGGUGUCCCUGUGCCUGGGACAGUGCCUGGCAGGUAGUAGCAGGGGCUGGCAGUUGGAAGAGAAGGCGAUGCAAGGUUUUUCAGAGAAAUAAUUCCCAGAUUAUUGCCCUGGUGGACCUGGGAGCCAAAGGAGGAGGCCGAAGGACACCCACAUUUCUGUGAGGUCUUGAACUUUGCUUGAGCUACCACCCCUGCCCCCAAAUCUCAAGAAAGAUCAGCUCCGGUUCCUCCUCCUCCAUGGAGCCCUCUCUGAUUGCUGCAGCCCACACAGGGGGGCCUGCCCAGAUGCCCGCUGUACCAACUGGCUUUGCCCACCCCAGCACCUGAAUCCCGGGACAGAAGGAGCUUCAGAGAUGAUCCAAUGCCUUGAAUCCCAUACCUGCCAGGGCAUCCCAAUCACUUGGAGGGACUUUCAACAAACACAGACUCUUCUCAUGUACCCCAAGAUUCUGAUCUGGGGUCUUGGGAAGGGACCAGGAAUAGGCUCCCAUCAGGUCCCCACUCAGCCAGCCCACAGGCCAGUGUUCGGAAACCACUCAUCACUCAGCAGUUUCCUGAUGCUCACAGGGCCGGAGGUGAGGGUGUGGACGUGCGGUGCUGGCUGGCUGGCUGAUGCCGGCUAUGAGUUGGAGCCAGCAGCUACCCGAGACCAGAGACGGGUUUGGGAUGUCAACAGGGCGGCCAAUUAUCCUGUUACUAUACACAGGUGCACCUGAGCUGCAAACAAAGGACUCUCUGUCAGAGGAGGGCUGCCUGGGGCCACAGCAGAGCGGACUGACAGAGGUGAGGGGCCGCCGGGUGCAGAGCUGGGGCAGGGACUUGGAUGGAACCUGCCAGGACCAGGGGACCUGAUGGAGGAGCUGGUAGGGCUUCGUGAGGGCUCCUCGGGGAAUCCUGUGACACUUCAGGAGCUAUGGGGCCCGUGUCCCCGCAUCCGCCGAGGCAUCCGAGGUGGCCUCGAGUGGUUGAAGCAGAAGCUGUUCCGCAUGGGUGAGGACUGGUACUUCCUGAUGACCCUUGGGGUGCUCAUGGCCCUGAUCAGCUACACCAUGAGCUUCACUGUCGGGCGUGUGGUCCGAGCACACAAGUGGCUGUACCGGGAGAUUGGGGACAGCCACCUACUCCGGUAUCUCUCCUGGACCGUGUACCCUGUGGCCCUGGUCUCCUUCUCCUCAGGCUUUUCCCAGAGCAUCACGCCCUUCUCGGGAGGUUCUGGAAUUCCGGAGCUGAAGACCAUUCUGUCGGGCGUGGUCUUGGAGGACUACUUGGAUAUCAAGAACUUCGGGGCCAAGGUGGUGGGCCUCACCUGCACCCUGGCCACGGGCAGCACCAUCUUCCUGGGCAAAGUGGGCCCCUUCGUGCACCUGUCUGUGAUGAUCGCUGCCUACCUGGGCCGCAUGCGCACCAAGGCCAUUGGGGAGUCUGAGAACAAGAGCAAGCAGAACGAAAUGCUGGUGGCGGCAGCGGCGGUGGGCGUGGCCACAGUGUUCGCAGCGCCCUUCAGCGGCGUCCUGUUCAGCAUCGAGGUCAUGUCCUCCCACUUCUCGGUCUGGGAUUACUGGAGGGGCUUCUUCGCUGCCACCUGUGGGGCCUUCAUGUUCCGCCUCCUGGCUGUCUUCAACAGCGAGCAGGAGACCAUCACCUCCCUCUACAAGACCAGUUUCCGGGUAGAUGUCCCCUUUGACCUGCCAGAGAUCUUCUUUUUUGUGGCGCUGGGGGCCAUCUGUGGCAUCCUGAGCUGUGCUUACCUCUUCUGUCAGCGAACGUUCCUCAGCUUUGUCAAGACCAAUCGGGCCCUCUCCAAACUGCUGGCCACCAGCAAGCCUCUGUAUUCGGCUCUGGCGGCCUUGGUUCUCGCCUCCAUCACCUAUCCCCCUGGCGUGGGCCGCUUCAUGGCUUCUCGGCUGUCCAUGAGGGAGCAUCUGGACUCACUGUUCGACAAUAACUCGUGGGCGCUGAUGACCCGGAACUCGUCCCCACCCUGGCCCUCGGAGCCCGACCCACAGAACCUAUGGUUCGAAUGGUACCACCCACGGUUCACCAUCUUUGGGACCCUCACCUUCUUCCUGGUUAUGAAGUUCUGGAUGAUAAUUCUGGCCACCACAAUCCCCAUGCCCUCUGGGUACUUCAUGCCCAUAUUUAUCUUCGGAGCUGCCAUUGGGCGCCUCAUAGGGGAGGCCCUCUCUGUUGCCUUCCCAGAGGGCAUCGUGGCUGGAGGGGUCACCAACCCCAUCAUGCCUGGGGGGUAUGCCCUGGCAGGGGCUGCGGCUUUCUCAGGGGCUGUGACCCACACCAUCUCCACAGCAUUGCUGGCCUUCGAGCUGACUGGCCAGAUGGUGCACGCACUACCUGUGCUGAUGGCGGUGCUGGCGGCCAACGCCAUCGCCCAGAGUUUCCAGCCCUCCUUCUAUGACGGCACCAUCAUUGUCAAGAAACUGCCAUACCUUCCGUGGAUCCGGUGCCGAAAAAUCAGCUCUCACCAUGUAAUUGUGGAGCACUUCAUGAACCGUACCAUCACCACGCUGGCCAAGGACACACCGCAGGAGGAGGUGGUCAAGGUCGUGACCGCCACAGACACUGCCGAGUACCCCCUGGUGGAGAGCACAGAGUCUCAGAUACUGGUGGGCACCGUGCAAAGGGCACAACUGGUGCAGGCCCUCCAGGCUGAGCCAUCCUCCUGGGUUCCAGGACACCAGCAGUGUCUGCAAGACAUCUUGGCUGGGGGCUGCCCUGUGGAGCCAGUGACCCUGAAGCUGUCCCCGGAGACCUCCCUGCACCAGGCACACAACCUCUUCGAGCUGUUGAAACUUCAGUCCCUCUUCGUGACGUCUCAUGGCAGAGCUGUGGGCUUCGUGUCUUGGGUGGAGUUGAAGAAAGCAAUUUCCAACCUGACAAACCCUCCGGCCCCAAAGUGAGCCAGCCUGGCAAGAUGAAACAGGGCCCCUCAGCUGCCCUGGUGAAGGAGAUGGGGCGGAGACGCUGCCUCUCCCCGCUCCCCAUCAUAACGCACCCCUCCCCUCCAGCCCAGCUCAACUCCUUGGCAAAGUAGGCAGCUAAGCUAGCACUGAAGAGGCCCCAUAGUCACCACGUCCCAUUCUCCAUGAAACAAGUGCUACCUGCCUUGAAGGACAAAUCCCCCUCUGGACAGAACUCAGAAUGCAAGACAGCAGAAAACCAGCAUAUGGUGUGUGCUCCAUGAAAGAAUCAAAUUCACGAAUGAAGACAUUGGUAUAUUCUGUUGCCAAGGGCACGCAGAGAUGCCCUCUGAGGGUUGUAUGACUCCCACU